ACUGACCAAUAAAACAAGUUUGUGUUUUGAAAACAUUUAAAACAGCAAUUUAAAUUGUAAAGCUCGCUUGAGUGCAUGUUGCAAGGUAAUUUGCUCCAAAUAUCAAAACAUGCAUCACAUUCUUUCAACCCUGACCAAUAUUUAUCUAAAAGUUGUUUACUCAAAUUGACUAGUCUAGUUAGUUGCUUCGAGUAAACAAAAUGAAUUUCAUUAAAGUGCUGACGUUAAUGAUCGGCUGGAUUGUGCUAGUUUGGUCCAAAGUGAUCGUCGACGUGAACGAGGAGGUUUUCGACUGUGAAAACUCCCUGCCCAAUUCGGCCGUUGAUUUUUCCGGGCUCGAGUACGAGCUGGACGACAAAGAUGAGCUGACUUUGAACGGGCAGAUUUGCGUAAACGAAGAUUAUGAAGCGCCGAUUGGGCUUAACUUCUACACCCGUCACCUGGAGCACGGCAGGUGGAACGUGGGACUUUUCAGCAUGAUGGUCAAGGAUUUCUGUCCGGAUUUGCUCAAUCCAACGAAGCCGUGGUACUUUAUCACGAAAACGCUGAAUCAAACGCAGUGUCCUUACAAAAAAGGGCACAUUGAGAUUUUGGACCACAUGCGGUACGGUACCUAUGGAGCCAUUAUUCCAUUUAACAUGCUUGGUGAAUGGAAGUUUUUCUUUGAAAUAAGCGCGAAGCGCAACGGAGCAAUGAUUAUGGAGUGUAACAUGCUGAGAGUUUUCUUAACAGACGGUUGAAUUGUGAUUUUUUUAUAGCAUAAAUGUUGUAAAGAAUGGGGCAUUUUUUGCUGUAAUAUAAAUUUUUUUUUUUAUUAGGCCGUUGCAAAUAUUCUUUAAAGUUUAUGUCAAAUCAAUCAAAAUCAGAAUUUUGUCAAGUUCGUUUUUGCUUUAAGCUAAUUUUUCACACUGAUGUCUGUGCUAAAACUGCGCCGAAGACACGUUAUCGAUCAGAUGCUAUUAAGUUACUAUUUUUAAAUAACAAAAUUAAUUAUUCCGAGGUACGCAAUUUCCACGGCGACAAUUUCGUUGGAGUUGGCACUUUUUAAAGCUGGAUUCAUAAUGGUAUAAAAAUAACCUAGCUUUAACGCUCUGCUAGACUUUAUUCUA